AUGGAAGCUGCUGCAGCCACUGAUACUGCUGCAGCAGCAGCAGCAACGGGAGUUGCUGCUGCCACUGCUGCUGAAGUAACAACAGAAGCAGCAGCAGAAACUAGCUGUGCUGCAGUACAGGCAGCACAGGCCACAUUUGCAGUUAGUGGAGCAGCAGCUUCUGCAGCAGAUGAAGCAGCAGCAAAUAGAAUAGAUUUUGUCAGAGCAGCUGAUACAGCAGCAGCAGCAGCAGCGGCAGACGCAGACGCGCAAAAGCCAAUUAUGAAGGAGUUAUACGCAUCAGCAGCAGCAGCAGCAGAUGCAGCAACAGCAGGUAUAGCAGCAGAUGCGGCAGGAGAAGCAGCAGAUGCAGCGGCCGGAGCAGCAGAUGCUGCAGCAGCAGCAGCAGAUGCAGCAGCAGAUGCAGCAGCAGCAGCAGACGCCUCAACAGAGACUUCAGCAGCAGCAACAGACACGUCUUCCCUGGGAGCAGCAGCAGCCGAUGUAGCAGCAGCAGAUUUAGCAGCAGCAGCGGAAGUGGCAACAGCCGAACUAGCAGAAGCAGCAGGCGACCCAGCAGACGCAGCAGCAGACGCAGCAGCAGCAGCAGCAGAAGCAGCGUGCGAUGCAUGCAACUUUUGUGCAGACUUCUGCAGCAACAGCUGGUGCCUGCGCUGUCUCCCGCUGCGGCAGCAAACUCGAGAGCGGCUGUGGGGCCCCUGCUGCUGCAGCUGCUGCAGCUGCUGCUUCUGCAACACAGCAGCAGCAGCGGAAGCAGCAGCAGCAGCAGAGGCGGGCUUUGCUGCGGAGCCAAACUCCUCGUCCAUUGACAGCUACAAUGCUGCAGUGGCUGCUGCUGCUGCUCUUGCUGCUGACCGCAGGCGGCGAGGU